ACCCCGCCCUCCCCUCGUACCGCUCAGAGGAAGAUGAGUAAACCCGCAGCCAGGAUUGCUAAAUCAUGGCAACAUUUAUGGAACGACUGGCUUUUCUUCAGAAAGUCCCAACUCUGAUGAAGGCUACAGCAGACAGUGAAGCCCCCUGUCCUGGCUAUCUAUUCCAAGAUAUUGGGAAAAUCUCCCAUGAGUCCUCAGGGUGCAGUCAGUGUUUGUUGGAGUACCUUCUGGAGCGGUUGCAGGUGGAUUCCUGUCAUGUCAAACUUAAGGUGCUGAAGAUCUUUGUCCAUCUUUGUGGUCAUGGCUCAAACUAUUUCCUCACAGAACUUCGAAGGAACUCCACUUUCAUCCAGCAGGCAUCAGUGUACAGCGGCCCUCCUGAUCCCAUCCAUGGCACAGCAUUGUACCAGAAAGUGAGAAACACAGCACAGGACGUGGCCCGGUUGCUCUUCACGGAUACCAUUUCCACCAAAGACGGCGCGUCUCCUCCGCUCAACCUAGCCCUGCCAACAAUGGGUAUGGGCUCAGGGACCUCCCGCCGGUCAGGAAUGCAGGGCUUUGGAUACAGUCCAGGGAAGCAGGGGACAGCAGGCAGCGACUCACUCCUGGAUAAGAUCCAGAAAGCUGCAGAGGUCGUGGCCAGCGCUGUCCUUCCCCCAAUUGAGCACCAGGGCAUCCGUCUCCAUGACAACCACUACCAGGCCGUAGCCGCGCCGUCCGGGCCCAUCGAGGUGGCCGUGCCCGCGUGUGCCUACAACCUGCCUGCUCGCACACCGACAGCAUCGAUCCAGCGAUGUCCAGGGCAGGUGGGAGGCGGCUGGGAAGAGACCGACAGCGGCAACAGCUCCUCUCAGGAUAUCGCAGCUAACAGCACAGCCUCUGUGAGCAGCAAGUCAGCUGGUACCGGGAGCCAAUCGGGGGCCAGCAGAGAGAGCAGCGGGGACCUAUCAGAAAGGGUGGAAGCCCUGCAGUUGGGGGACUGUGGCCAGGAGGUGGCGCUGAUCAGCAGACUGACUGAAGGCUCCAGAGUGUUCCUGUCCAGAGAGGAGAGCCAGCACUUCAUUAAAGAGUGCUCCAUCCUAAACUGCGAGGUCGUGGUGGAGUUGCUCUCAAGCAGGCUUCAGGAUCCCUCAAACACUGUGAAGAUGCGGGCACUGACUGCUGUCGCAGGCCUCCUGACCUCUGACCUCCUCUCUCUGGAACAAAUGUUUGGAGCUACACAGCGGAGGCUCCGCCAGCUGAGCGAGGAGGCUCCAGGACCUGUGGCCAACAAAGCCACCAAGAUCCUGCGACAGUUUGAGGCUCUGAUGGGUGGAACUGUCCACGCUCCGAGACAGGAUAGAGCGAACAGCAGCCGCCCGGCAACGACUCCUCAGAUGACCACAUCUACACACUCGGACCCUCUACUACCAGACCACUCUGCUGAGAACCCCACCCUCAACAAUUAUCGGCCUGACGUCUCACCCACAGGUGUCCCCCAACCACAAAACCACCCAUCUUCCCCCUCUAGUCUGUCCUCGGCCCAGAGAGACCUCUCGGGGGAGCUGGCGAACCAGUCGGAGCCGGUCAGGACGGCUGAGGUUCCAUUGGUGGCCGAGGAAUCGGAGCCUCACACAGACGGGAGCUCUUCCCGCCGCGCUGAGCCUCGGAGGCUGGGCCGACUGUCCCUGUUCAGCGGCAUGGAGCUGGUGGCCAAGGCGAGGCCCCUGUGUACGAGUGGGACGUCCCCCACAGAGAGGGACACGACGGGCGGCCGCUCGACGGAGACUCUCGCCGUGCAGAACAGUAUUGACUUCAGUAAAACCAGGGAUGAGUCUCCGUAUCGUAGCAACGCAGUUGCAUCUAACAGCAGUCGACCAGUAUCGGCCUUCACGUUUCUGAACUUUUGACCACCGUUGAACAGCCGGAGCUGUCGCAGUUAAAAGCCAAUGAUGUCAUCACGUGUAUAUAUACUUUUAGAAAUCUAUUUAAUUUUAUAAACCAAGAUCGGAUCUGUCAGCGUAGCACUAUAUCACAACGGCAGAUUCACAUUUCUGUUUGGAUGUUUCUGUAUGAAGCGGUGGGCGGGCCUGAGACUGUCGGCAUGGUAACCCCCCGCGCUCUUACGCGAGGACCGGUCUGUAAGCUUUGCUGAAGUCUCAUUUCUCAAGUGUGAAACAACAAUACUUGCCUUGUAUUACAGUUUAUUAUUGACAGCUGCUUUCUCUCAGGAUUCCUUUUUAGAGAACUGAAACGACUGCAGCACGUCCUCAACCUCCGAGGGAGAAUCCCUCUAAUGGUAAUUUGCACUACAGUUGUUUUUCUAAUGGUCUCCUAAACCUGCAAUUGAGAAGUUGUCUUCCAUAUCUUUGGUACUUAACCAUUAUGUCAAGUGUACAUGUUCUGACUGUUGGUUUACAAAUGAUUUAUAGUCUCCCGUGUAACACAAACAAACGCCUGAGUAGUUGUAGAGUGCAUGAUCAAAGACUAGUGGAUAACUUAUGGAACAAUUCCUUAUUGAGAUAAUUUGUGUGGCAUUGUUUGAUUAAAACCUCUUCCAUCAGCAUAAUGCAAAAUAACAUUUGAAUAAGCGGAUGAUUGUGUAACCAAAUACGAGGCAGGUUACCUUUCAGCAUCUCCCUGAUGUUGUUCCAGUUACAUGCUCCAGUGCAGCACACGCCAACAUGGUCAUCCAACCGACCGACGUGUACGAUGAACGCUGCUGACGUGUUUCUGUGAACGCAAGCUGAACUUUGGCAACAGCUGAGCCGAGGAACAAUAAAAACCUGCUGUGUUUUGGUUACGGCUCUUAACUGCUA